AUGUCGGGCAAGAUCAACCACAAGAUCGAGCUCGACAACCCCAAAGUCGCCACCACGGAUACCAUUGAGCCUGGCCAGAAGGUGGUCUAUUGCAGGUGCUGGAAAUCCGCGACUUUCCCCAAAUGCGAUGGUGCGCACAACAAGCACAACCAGGAGACUGGGGACAACGUUGGCCCUUUGAUUGUCAACGUGCCCAAGUAA